AUGAUUGUUCCAGUGAGAUGUUUUUCGUGUGGUAAGGUUGUUGGUGACAAGUGGGAGAGCUACUUGAACAUGUUGCAGGAGGACGAGUUGGAUGAAGGUACUGCGUUGUCCAGACUGGGGUUGAAGAGAUACUGUUGUAGAAGGAUGAUUUUGACGCAUGUCGAUUUGAUUGAGAAGUUCUUGAGAUACAAUCCUCUGGAGAAGAGGGACUGA